AUGGAUCCAGCCUCCCUAGUUGAAUUCCAGUGUUUGGAGGAGGUUCUAAGUCACAUGGAGACCCAGGAGGAUACCUAUUGGAGACAACGAGCUAAGCAGCAUUGGCUUAAAGGUGCGGAUGCCAAUACAAAGUUCUACCACAGGUAUGCCUCUCACCGUAAGAAAAAGAAUACACUUUUUAAACUUAUGAAUGAUAACGGGGAGUGGAUGGAAGGAGAGGAUAUGAAGGAUAUUAUUCUAGAUUAUUUUGAUGGAAUUUUCAAGUCUAGUAAUCCUGCGAGUGUCAAGGAUGCUUUCUUUGCAAUGUUCCCUGAUAAAGCGCCUGGCCCUGAUGGUAUAAAUCCUGGAUUCUAUCAACAUUUCUGGGAUGUAGUUGGGGAGCAUAUCUCAGAGUUUAUAAUUAAGUGUCUAAAUACCCGCUCAUUCCCUGCUGGUUUAAAUGAUACGAAUGUGGUGCUCAUACCCAAGAAAAAUACCCCUGAAGUGGUCUCUGAUCUUAGACCUAUAGCCUUGAAUAAUAUCCUCAUAGCAGCUGAAGUGGGACAUUAUUUGAAUAGAAAACAAUGUGGGAUGGUUGGUUGGGGUGCCCUCAAACUUGAUAUGGCCAAAGCUUAUGACCGUAUGGAAUGGUCCUUUCUCCAUAAAAUGUUGCUGGCUCUGGGUUUUGAUGACAGAAGGGCUUUCGUUAUUGUUGCAGCAGGCACAGAUGAAUGGUCUAAUACAUGGGAAGCCACUGCAAUUAAAGAUUGUUUAUCCCUAUAUGAGGCCUCGUCGGGGCAGAAAGUCAAUUAUCAUAAAUCAAGUAUAAGCUACAGUAAGAAUACGAGUUAUGGGGACAAGGAUACUGCGGCGCAGAUUUUAGAAGUAACUCAAGCUCCCAACUUUGGGAAGUAUCUUGGACUGCCCUCUUUUGUGGGAAGGAAUAAAAAGGCAACAUUUGCUUAUAUUGAGGAUAAAAUCAGACAGAGAAUUGGAUCAUGGAAUAAGAAGUUGUUAUCUCAGGCUGGAACUAACCGGGGAAUCCAUUGGAAAGCGUGGGAUAGAUUAUGUAUUCCGAAAAAAUAUGGGGGUUUGGGUUUCAAAGAUUUGAGGGCUUUCAAUUUGGCAAUAUUAGGCAAGCAGGCGUGGAGGUUGCUUACUAACCCUGAUUCAUUGGUAUCUCGUAUUUACAAGGCCAGAUAUUAUCCUAAGGACACAUUUUAUGAGGCCAACUUGGGAAAUAAUCCCAGUUAUUGCUGGCGCAGCAUUAUGGCAGCUAAGGAUUUAAUAUGUAGUGGAAUACGACGCCGAAUUGGGAAUGGAAAAUCUACCUUAAUUUGGGAACACCCUUGGCUUCAGGACGAACAUGAUCCUAUGAUUCAGACUGAGAUGCCACCACAGCUUGCUGGAGCCAAGGUUGAGGGAUUGAUUGACCAGGAUACUAGUUCAUGGGAUCAACAUAUUCUUACUGAUAUUUUUCAACCAAUUGAUAUACCUAGGAUCCUCAAAAUUCCAGUUUCCCCAGAGUAUGAUGAUACGUGGUAUUGGCACGGGGAUCCAAAUGGUUGUUACUCUGUCAAGAAUGGUUAUAGGUGCAUUAUUGAGGAUUAUGAAACUGAUAAUAAUGGGGCAUUUGAUAAGUGGAUCACUCUAUGA